ACCAGCUGCGUGCUUCCAUAUUCAAAAUUUCAUCUCCCGGCGCCCUUUCCCAUUUCCCUCCUUUUCCUCUCUUAUCUCUCUUCCUGCAGAUCGUUUCUCAGCAGCAAGAGAGACGGCGGAGGCCGUCUUCUCCCUCUCAAAGUCGCUUUCCCCUCCUUUUCGCAGCCCUCUAUCGCCAAACCGUAACACUCUUUCUCGUCCAUUCUCACAGACGGCGGCCUCUCUACCGUCAUCUCCAAGCCCGACGGCGUGACCAGUCCGAUUCCUCUCCUCCUACCACGUUCUGGUGGCGGAAACGCAGCUCCAUUCCGGACAGACCUCUCAUCGUCGCCUUACCGCACCAUCGCCACUAUGUCCGACGGUUCAGGCAUCCGACCGGUGUGAGGGGCCGACGGUAUUGGGCAUCGGACGACCGACGGAGCUUCGGCUUGGCCCAUUAUAGGACGAGCGAUAGCUCAUUUUUUGGUAGGAUGACAUUAUAGUGGGGAUACCAGCUGACAUGGCCACAGUUGCAAUUGUCAAAACCUCAACAUGUAUUUCUCCAUGUGAGAAUCGUACAUCUGAUGUUCAAUGCAAUUAUAAAAAAAAGGAGGCACUAUUAGGAUUGGGGGAGGACAUAUUGAAAAAGGACAACAAGGUGGAAUUGGUAGCUUCAUUAUUCGCAGUUGAUUGCACUACUGCACAAAUGCCCCGUGGGCUGAAGAGAAAGGAGGCUGCCCAGACACCAAAGUACAUUGACACAAAGAUGGAUGAUGUUUACCCAGUUAAGAAAUUAAGUGACGUGCUUAAGUUGCCACCCAGAAAGCAGAACACUAAGGAUCGAUUAGAUCAAAGUUUAUCAGAAGGCGGAUUGAAAUUUUCCACUUCUAAUAUGAAAUUAAGGGACUUCUCAUGUGCUGACAAUGGAAACUCUAAUAUGCCUUCAAGCUCUUCUCCAAGUGGCAAUGUAUCCCAAGGUUUUCAAGCAAAACUUACUACAUGUUCCCAGAAUAAAUUCCGUCAUGUUGCUGAGCUAUCUUCUGGCAUUGAUGGCUUCUCUUCUUCUAGUCACAUUGAUAUGGAUCUAGCACUAAAAGGAUUUGCUGCAACUGAGCUUCCAAAGCCUUCUUUUUGUGCAUCUAGUGUUGGAUCUGGGAAUCAUCCUGGUCUCAUUUCCUCUAAUUUUUGCCAUGAAGUUCAUGUUCUUGGUGAUAAAGCUCCUCUGGACUUUACUUUAAAAUCUGAUAUGCGGCUGGUUUCCUCUUCUUCCGUGAGUUGGUGCCAUAGGUUAGCCGUAGGUGGAGGUGGAGAGGUCAAACUUUCUGGGGAUGUUCCCAAAUUGGUUGGAACUCCUCCAAAGGUUGAGGCCUUGUAUCCUGAAGCCUUAUGUUCAUGGCUGUAUCCUCAAACUUCUUUACCAUCUUCUGUUGUAUCUUCGUUGACAAUCUCAUCUGCUCGUGGAGGUCUAGCAGAAAUAGAUUUUUUAUCAAAAAGACAGCUUGAUUGGGAAGAUUCAUUUCGGAGUCUCUACUACAUGCUGAGACGGAACAUGUGCAGCAUCUUUUAUGUUUAUACUUCACAUUUUGUUGCUAUGUUCAUUGGUGGAGAUCUUUUGGGGAAACAGAAGCACUCGUGUAAUGCUUACCUGUCUCGGUCUACCAGGGGCUUGCGUGCCUUGCUGAAAGAGAAUGACAUCGGAUUUACCAUGCCUCUUUGCCGUUCUGAAGUUGAGAACCCUACCACUGAAGAUUUGCAUGAACUAUCCGAGUUUGAGAGAAGAAAUCCUGGACAGACCAGUCAUCGAGAUCAUAUGUAUGAUGUAGACAACAGCUCUGAGUCUUUACUUGCAUUUGUUGGAAUUGAAAAUGUGCAUGGGUUGUAUGACAUUUUGUUGAAUUACAGGUCAUUUUUGAGCUCAUUGAACUCCACUGAUGUGCCAGUACUUUAUUCACCUGUGCCUUUCUUGAAUGCAUCUUCUCAUUCUCCUCAGGUAAGAUGCAAGCAAGUGAGGAGAGCUGAUACAAUUCAUUGUACAACGGGAACUUCACAUGUGGGGAUUGAGGGGGAUCCUUCAUCUAGCAUUUGUUACAGUAUUGAGAUCAGGGAUUCUGUUCUUCCACCAUGGGUUAUUUGCCGGAUUUGUAAGGUGAUGGGGCUGGAUGAUAAAACAUUUGAGGCAAGCUUUACAAUGGAUCCUCUUUCAAUUGGUUUGAAUGCUGCUCUCUGUGACGUGUCCCAAGAAACUCAUGACAAAAGCUCAUCGGACGAUCCCAGUGCCUGCAGUUUCAUGAAUGCUGUAGUCAACAUAUCUCUGAGAUCGGCUUGCAUCCAAGGACUCAAGUAUAAAGGUGCUUCUUAUAUUGCUUCCCUCUCGCCCGCUUGAAGUACUUCCCUUGUGCAUGGACAAGCAGAAGUUGAAGGAACUAGACAAUUUCAACAUAAUCUUAUCUAAUUAACUAAAAGAAGAAAGCACUUGUAAAUUUUCUUGACCCAAAGUAAAGUUGUAUGAUGUGUCUCAAGGUUGCGGCCUUGCGGCAUGGUAACAAAAACUUGUUGGUGAAAUGUGGAUUUUUUGUUGUAAUCUUGCAUAUUUUAUCCUAUUCUUCAAGCAGUUAGUCCA